CGAAAUUCAUUCGUUCAGUUCAGUACACGCAGUUAAGCUUUCAUUAUGCGAUUAUGUUUUACAAUUUUAUUUUUGUUAUAUUUUCGUUUGGAAAUUGUUAAAAGUUCAUUGGAAACAGAUACACGAUUUCUACUUAAACCAAAUAGCCUUCCCGAUGACUUAAAUUUUAUGCCUUCUUUGUCAAAUGGUCACUUGGGAUUUACGAUCUUUGGUGACGCUAUAUACAUUAACGGUGUUUACAAUGGCUACAAGGGUAAUAGCCGACGUGCUCGAUUACCAAACUGGCUAAAUGUCACGGCCCAUAUUUUAAAUACCCAAACUAACACAUAUAUCCAACACAAUAAUAUUGAAUAUACAAUGAAUUUGUAUGAGGGCGUUUAUGAAUGGGUGGAAGAUUACACAAGUUUGAACUUGGUCUUGAAGCAAAGGUUUUACGCGCAUCGUUAUUUUAACAGGGCCCUAGUAUACGAGAUGACUGUAAUAAGAAAGACGGCGUCAGAACCUAUAACAAUAGAACUACAUCAAAAUCCUGGUCGAAAUACCCAAGCGUUUGAUGUAAUACUUGAAAACUCGCAUUUAAGUAAUAUAACAAUGGUGAAAGCUACGACUAAAGUAGUGGAAAAUGAGUAUUUCCAACCAAAUCGUACUUGUCUUUAUGUGGCCUUUAGUGAUAACUUCCAAAACAAUAAGAAAAUUCUGAAACUAAAUUUUGCUCAGAAGUAUUUAUAUUAUAGAUUUGUAUUAACGGCUGAUUUGAAGAAAUCAGUGGCUCUUACGGAAAUUGAGAACGUUCUUAGUUUACAGGCAAAAGAUCUUCUCGAAAAACAUACGUUUAGAUGGCAGGAGUUUUGGAAUGAAUUUGAAAUUAAUGUAGAAGAUAAUAUGGAAUUGUCUCAAAUCAUCAAUGCCGGCAUAUUUUACAUGGCCAACUCUUUGCCCUCUUUGGACACUAAUCAGAAAAAUAACCCCUACUUUGGCUUAAGCCCCACUGGUUUAGGACGUGGUCAACUGGAUGCUGACUAUGAAGGCCAUAAUUUUUGGGAUACUGAAAUAUGGAUGCUGCCAGCUGUAACACAACUUCAACCCCUUUGGUCACAAGAACUUUUCAAGUAUCGCCUGGAGCACUUACAAGGAGCUCUAUAUAAUGCAAACAAAACGGGAUACACCGGUGCAAGAUUUCCUUGGGAAAGUGCAUAUACUGGUACAGAAGCCACCAAUCCAUGUUGCCCUGAAGUGGCCACGCAGGAAAUACACAUUUCAGCUGAUAUAGCUGUUGCUUUGCAACAAUUCUACGCAACCACCUACAAACGUGAUUGGCUUUGUAAUACAGCGUGGCCACUGGUUCGUGAGAUAGCAAAAUUUCUGCAAAGUCGUGUCACAUGGCAGAAAAAAACAAAACAAUUUCACAUUCAAAAUGUCAUGGGUCCUGAUGAAGAUCAUGAAAACGUUGAUGACAAUGUUUACACAAAUGUGGUGUUUAAACAAGCAUUUGAAUUUGCCAGAUUUACACACUUAACAUGUGACCCUUAUGCAAACGUGUCGUCUCUGGAUUGGUUAAAUAUUGCCAACAACAUAUUCAUUUUGUAUGAUAACGUUCUCGAUUAUCAUCCUCAAUAUAUAGGUUAUAAGCCUGGUGAUCAAGUUAAACAAGCAGAUACCAUAUUAUUGGGUUAUCCAUUACAAUAUCCCAUGCAAAAAUUAACGCGUUUAAAUGAUUUGCGAAUGUACGAAAAUGUGACUCGCCGCUCAGGUCCAGCUAUGACAUGGUCAAUGUUUUCUAUUAAUUAUUUAGAUGUUGAUUUACCGUCGAAAGCUGGAGAAUACUUUGAAAAGGCUUACAGAGAUUAUGUACGGCCACAAUUUAAGGUUUGGAGUGAAACAAAACUUGGUUUUGAAGGCUCCGCUAAUUUUCUAACUGGUAUUGGUGGAUUUAUUCAAGCAAUCAUACAUGGUUAUGGUGGUAUAAGAUUUCAAUUGGAAAAUAAUUCAUCAAAAAUGAUUAUCAAACAAACUUAUCUUAUGAAUAACACGAAGCAAUUAACUAUAAAAGGUAUUAAAUUUGCUAACUCUUCCUUUGAAUUGAUUGUUAAAAAUGGAGGGAGCAUUCUAAAGUUAUUGAAAUUGGGUAAACAUCCUUUAGAGAUUAUAGUUGGAUCUGAUAAGUCCUCAAGUUUAUAUGAAGGAUUUUCAAUUCAAUUCCAAACUGAAUUCAUAACAAUACAAACUAUAACAAAAGUAGCCAAAAGAAUAAAUCAUCUUACAUAUUAGAUGUUAAAAAUUAUAAUAAUUUUACUUAAAUAUUACAAUUAUAAUUUUUUUAAUUGCAAGUGACACAUAUAAUAUUGAACGGAUAUAGUAUAGAAGUGUAAAGUAUAGGUUAAAUUACUAAAAGUGGCUGUAUCUUUAUUAUAGAAGAGCAAAGUUUAAAAAAUAU